AUGCAGCGUAUCAGUUCAUCUUCUUCUUCGAUUUUAUCGAAUAUCAACUUCAGAGACUUAUCAUCACUUCGACCUGACGUCCAACGGAAUGAUGUGUACUGGGAUGUGUUGAAAAUUCUUCUUUUUGAAUAUAUCCAUGAACCACGAUUUGCAAAGGAAUUUGUGCAAACAGGUGUUCUUAGAGAAACACGAACGCCAGAGUUGAAUAGCAUGAGAAAUAAUAGGCUUUCUUUCAUUCAAACUGAUCUAAAUGUCCAAAAUACAGUUAUUGACGAGCAAGCCAUCGUUCGUUCGAUAACUCCAAAAUUAGAAAGCUAUUUACGAUCUGUCAUUAUGAGAAAAUCAGGGAAUGAUAUACAGGACAUCCUACUGAGAGGAAGUUUAUCUAAAUUUUACAAUGAUUUGUAUAUGGAUCCUGCAAUGAAUAUUAGGCUUCCUUCCAUGACAUUAGAGGAAAUUAUAGGAUAUUUCACCAAGACUUCAGCUAAUGUAGUUUCGAAGCAGAAUGUGAAGAAUAUUCCACAAAUCAUUGAAUCCCACACUAAAUAUUUUAUUGGGAAACUUAUAACAAUGCUUCCACCAAAUUCAUCACCCGGUAUUGUUUCCAGGCUAAAAACAUAUGACCAAACCAUUGGAAAAUCGAAGUCUUUUAGAAUAAAGCCACCAUAUCCACCUUCUCUAAAAAAUAUGGCAGUAAUUAGCCCAGACUUCGUUUUGGAUAACAUCACACAUGCCACUUACUUCCAAAAAUUAUUUGGUGCAGAUCCUUUAGUUUUACAACAGGAUAUAAUAAAAUUAGUUCCAACUGUUAAAGACGAUGUAUAUUGCCAUGAUUUGAAACUUCUCUUAGACCAAAUAAAAAAGGAUAAAGGUCCCAUGAAAUCUUCUGAUUUCGAAACGAGUCAACAGUUUAAAUUAUGGUACAACUAUGAGUUUGGGGAACUAACAUCCUUACUUCAGACAUAUGGUGGCAAGAGCGUUACCUUGGAUAUAAACAUCCCUUUACGAAUAAUUCCAAACCGACCACGAGAAAGUUUUGUCUAUUUGCUUUGUUUAAUACUGAACUUGGAAUCUAAAACAGACCCGAGCUCACUUGCAUUGUCACAUUCAGCAUCGUUUUUCAUGAAUAAAUGUGCGAAAUAUUGGAGGAUCGAUUUUGAAACCACAAUUUCUACUCUAUACUAUACGGCAGCCAAUCUCAGCCGUUUGAAUAAUGAAUUUUUCAAUUUGGAGUUAACGCCUAAUUUGUAUAAUGUGAUAUUUGGUAAAUUUUUAAAUGCUGCAAGUUAUGAUGUCCGGUAUUGGAAUAGGAUUGAUAAGGAGCAAUGGUUAAUUAAUUAUUAUUACACGAUGGAUCAAUGUAUCAAUUCCAUAAAUGACGCAUUCAAAAGAUUGUGUUCCGAAAAGAGGGUUGAUUACUCGAUUCCUUGGGUAUUUUACUGCAAUAAUGCAAAACUAGGCAAUACGAUGGAUAUACUUUGUGAAGAGUGUGGUGACAUUAAAAGGCUAUGGUCAAAAAAAUUGAAGAAAACGGUUCACGAAGCAUCUACACAAUUUUAUUUUUCUCUAUUAGAGAAAGUUCCAAAAGGUCCUGAUAUCGAAUUUCAGCAUUUACAGAAUGUGGCUGAAGAUAUAUACCUUAAAAUUAAGUCCAUAUAUACUGGUUAUAAAAAAGAGCAUUUUGAAUUAUUGGGUGGGAUCCAUAUUCCGGAAGAGGUAACGAAAGUAUUAGUACAAGCAAUUGUAGUCGAUGUAGGAUCCAUGGUCCAACAGGUUGAAAAACAGACCAAGAAAAUUAAGAUGAAGAAAUACGGACCCACUGACGCUCUUUCAUUCUAUAGCUCAGUGAAAGACCUAAUCGGGUUAUAUCAAGAUUUUGGGAUAACUAAAAAACUGAAUAGUAUAGAAAGAUAUUUUGAAAAAUACUUAGUGGAGCUUUGUGGUACAACAUGCUCGAAAUUUCUGGAGGUAAUUACUUCAUCCUUGCAAAAGGAAAAGUGGGAACCAAUUAAUGCUGAAAUACGCUACAGUUAUUCAGUCGUUGAUAUCUUCAAGAUGCUCAACGAGUCGCUUUCAAUGUUCUUGAAUUUCGAGUGGGGGAAUGAGUAUCAAAUUUCUAAAAUAUUGACAAUGCUUCUGAAAUCAUUUUCUGAUGGUUUAUACGUGUAUACUGAAAAUGUACUGCGUUUGAUUCAAGUAGAUCUUAAUAGUGUAGAGUCAAAAAGUACAAGUAAUGAAGCUAGAAAUACUAUAUCUACUCAAUUAGAAGAAGACAAGGCUAGUAGAAAAUUCAAUAUAUGGUCAUUUAACGGGAUGAAAAAUGCCAUUAAUAAAAAGGAAUAUGCGCCAGUUCCAGACCCGUAUGAAUAUAAAAUACGAACAUGUAUUAUUUUAAACAACAUAGAAAAAAUGAAAUCAAAUCUCAAUGAUCUUGAAGACAGAGUUCAACCUGAAAAAAUUACAAAAUUCAUUAAUCACUACGAGAAAAAUCACAAAGACUUAAAGGAAAUAGCUAAUGAACAAGUAAAAAAGCUGCAUCAUCUCUAUACGAUUCGAAUUAUAGAGGCCAAGGAUAUCAAAGGAUUUAGUAAGUCAGGCCUAUCAAACGCAAUGUUAUCGUUACAAGAUAUGAAACAAAGAAAAGAAAUCAGCUGUACCAAGAUAAUUUCUAAAACAACUAAUCCAAUUUGGGAUGAAGAAGUCGAAUUAAUGGUACCGUAUAACGAAAAGCGUGAACUCCUUUUGACAGUAUGGCAUCAUCCUACAAGUAAGUUCAAAUCAGUCGGAGGCGAUGAAAUUUGUGGUAAGGCACAGUUAAUAUUAAGUAAAAAAAAGUUUUUGGAUGAUGGUUACCCAAAUGCUGUAGAACUAAACUUAGACCAACAAGGGACUUUAUCUUUGCAGAUAUCUCUCGAAACAGAAAAAAUGGAUGCCACAUUUUCGUUGGGUAAAGCAUACAGAACGUUAAGUAGAACAAGUGACAGAAUAAUUGAAUUAAUGGUUAGUAAAUUUUCUCCUUUUAUAAAGUAUUCCUUGUCGAGAGAAAAUCUAAUGAAAUUACAUGGGAAUAGUGGACAGGAAGGUGCCACGGAAUCCAAGAUUGGCGACGCGUUAUUACCUUUAUUUGAUUAUUUGAAUGCUAAUUUAGGUAUAUUGUCAUCACAACUCUCAGAGACCUUACUACUUGCUAUAAUGUCUAAAGCUUGGUCAGAAAUCUUGACAACCGCUGAUAUUUUGCUGCUCCCAUCUUUAUCCAGUUCAGAUCACAAGCAUAGAUUACGAUCUGCAAGAAGUUCCAUAUGGAACUCGUCCACACUCGACAUUGUAGGUUACGGAAGGCCAUUAACUCCGCUAGAACAGGCUACUAUCUUUAUGUGGCUAAGUAAUCUUGGAAUAGAGUUUUUCCAUAAUGAUGGGCAAGGUCUACCCAUGACAGAAGUUGAAAAUGCUUACUAUCAAAAUCUUAAAAAAAUACCACAUUUUUAUGAGAUGUCUGUCCGCGAUCUUAAAGCAGCAACAAAUGACUUGAUGACUGACUAUGUGAAACACUUAAAGCUUAUAUAUUCCAACAAAAAUUAUGGUACUUCCGUAAAAAGGAUAGGGACAACGGUCGAACGCCAAAAGACCAUCAUGGCAAAUGCAACGAAACUAAAGAGACAACAGAUACGAGAGGAGAUACAAAAAGAGCAAGUAGAUCCACUGGAACAGUCUGUAGAGGCCUUAAAGAUUGUUCUCAGGAUUUUAAUUACAAAGGGAGAAUCAGACUAUGUCCAUAAAUGUGUCAAACAGCAAAUAAAGGAAAAGAAGCAACUUUCUUUACAAAUGAAACUUGACGCUGCGAUUCAAGGAAAGAUCGUCAAAUGA